GUAGUAUUUGAGGUGGACUAGUUUUCUUAGCGGAGGUGCGGAGUUUUUGACUCAGGACUGGUGUAGGGGGGCUACUGAAUGGGAGCAGUCACUGGAUUCGUGUGAUACCAACGCAAGCCACCCAGACUACCUACUACUGCCCAUCAUAUUUGACUUUUGGGGACGUUUAGGGCACAAACAGAACAAGAUCACCCCUUUUACUCCUGCUGUCCCCUUCCCCUUUCCUUCCUCACGGAUUCUUCAGAAAGAGAAAUCCUCCCGAAAUGGCUCAGAUACUGCCGAUACGAUUUCAGGAACAUCUGCAGUUGCAGAACAUGGGUGUGAACCCAGCCAACAUUGGGUUCAGCUAUCUGACCAUGGAGUCGGACAAGUUCAUCUGCAUCAGAGAGAAGGUGGGUGAGCAGAACCAGGUGGUGAUCGUGGACAUGUCCGAUCCCACCAACCCAAUCAGGAGGCCGAUCUCUGCCGACAGUGCCAUCAUGAACCCUGCCAGCAAGGUCAUCGCCCUGAAAGCUGCCAAGACGCUGCAGAUCUUCAACAUUGAGAUGAAGAGUAAGGUGAAGGCUCACACUAUGACAGAGGAGGUCAUGUUCUGGAAGUGGAUAUCGGUGAACACUGUUGCCCUGGUGACUGAUUUGGCCGUCUAUCACUGGAGCAUGGAGGGGGAUUCCCAACCUACCAAAGUAUUCGAUCGGCACGCCAGUCUGGCGGGAUGUCAGAUCAUCAACUACAGAACUGACGAACAACAGAAGUGGCUGCUGCUGAUAGGGAUUUCUGCACAGCAAAAUCGUGUGGUGGGGGCGAUGCAGCUCUAUUCAGUUGACAGGAAAGUGUCCCAGCCCAUCGAGGGGCACGCUGCUGCCUUUGGGGAGUUCAAAGUGGAGGGAAAUGCCAAACCCUCCACGCUUUUCUGCUUUGCUGUGCGCUCACAGGCUGGGGGAAAGUUGCACAUCAUUGAAGUUGGUCAGCCAGCUACAGGAAACCAGCCAUUUGCAAAGAAAGCAGUGGAUGUGUUUUUCCCUCCAGAGGCCCAGACAGACUUUCCAGUAGCUAUGCAGAUUGGUAGUAAGCACGGUGUCAUAUAUUUGAUCACAAAGUACGGUUACAUUCACCUGUAUGACCUGGAGUCUGGAGUGUGUAUCUACAUGAACCGAAUCAGUGCAGAGACCAUCUUUGUGACCGCCCCACAUGAAGCCACCUCGGGAAUUAUUGGGGUCAACAAGAAGGGACAGGUCUUGUCAGUGUGCGUUGAAGAGGAAAACAUUGUCAAUUAUGCCACCAACGUCCUGCAGAACCCUGAUCUAGCCUUGAGGAUGGCUGUGAGGUCAAACCUUGCUGGGGCUGAGGAGAUUUUUGCCAGGAAAUUUAACACUCUGUUUUCUCAGGGAAGUUAUUCGGAGGCUGCAAAGGUUGCUGCAUCAGCACCCAAGGGUAUCCUGCGGACAGCAGAGACCAUCCGGAAGUUUCAGAGUGUCCCGGCCCAGCCAGGUCAGGCCUCACCACUGUUGCAGUACUUUGGUAUUCUGUUGGACCAGGGCCAGCUCAACAAGUUUGAAUCUCUGGAGCUGUGCAGGCCCGUCUUGCAGCAGGGUCGCAAGCAGCUACUGGAGAAAUGGCUGAAGGAGGACAAGUUGGAGUGCUCGGAGGAGCUGGGAGACCUGGUGAAGGCCUCUGACCCCACCCUCGCUCUUAGUGUGUACCUCAGAGCUAACGUCCCCAACAAGGUCAUACAGUGCUUCGCUGAGACCGGCCAGUUCCAGAAGAUAGUGUUGUAUGCUAAAAAGGUGGGCUACACCCCAGACUGGGUGUUUUUGCUGAGAAAUGUGAUGCGUGUCAAUCCAGACCAGGGGCUGCAGUUUGCUCAGAUGCUGGUCCAGGAUGAGGAGCCACUGGCCAACAUCAACCAGAUCGUAGAUGUGUUCAUGGAGGGCAACCUGAUCCAGCAGUGCACCUCCUUCCUGUUGGAUGCUCUGAAGAACAACCGCCCAGCCGAAGGACACUUACAGACACGUCUGCUUGAGAUGAACCUCAUACACGCCCCCCAGGUAGCAGAUGCGAUCCUGGGGAACCAGAUGUUCACCCACUAUGACCGUGCCCACGUUGCACAGCUGUGUGAGAAGGCAGGUCUGCUGCAGAGAGCUCUUGAACACUACACCGACCUGUAUGAUAUCAAACGAGCCGUAGUGCACACACAUCUGCUCAACCCUGAGUGGCUGGUGAACUUCUUUGGCUCUUUAUCAGUAGAGGACUCUUUGGAGUGUUUAAGGGCCAUGUUGUCGGCCAACAUCAGGCAGAACCUGCAGCUGUGUGUCCAGGUAGCGUCUAAGUAUCAUGAGCAGCUGGGGACUCAGUCAUUAGUGGAGCUCUUUGAAUCCUUCAAGAGUUACGAGGGCUUGUUUUACUUCCUUGGGUCGAUUGUGAAUUUCAGCCAGGAGCCUGAUGUUCACUUUAAGUACAUCCAGGCUGCCUGUAAAACUGGCCAGAUCAAAGAAGUGGAGAGAAUCUGCAGAGAGAGCAACUGCUAUGACCCGGAGAGGGUUAAAAACUUCCUCAAGGAGGCCAAGCUAACAGACCAACUUCCUCUUAUCAUCGUGUGUGAUCGCUUUGACUUCGUCCAUGACCUGGUGCUCUACCUCUACCGCAACAAUCUGCAGAAAUACAUUGAAAUCUACGUACAGAAAGUGAACCCCAGUCGUUUACCAGUGGUGAUAGGUGGUCUGUUGGAUGUAGACUGUGCUGAGGAUGUCAUUAAGAACCUGAUAAUGGUGGUCAGAGGGCAGUUUUCCACUGAUGAGCUAGUGGAGGAAGUAGAGAAGAGGAACAGGUUGAAACUUCUGUUGCCAUGGCUGGAGUCCCGUAUCCAUGAAGGAUGCGAGGAGCCAGCUACCCACAAUGCACUGGCCAAGAUCUACAUUGACAGCAACAACACACCUGAGCGCUUCCUGAAGGAGAACCCGUUCUACGACAGCGCCGUGGUCGGAAAAUACUGCGAGAAGAGAGACCCCCACCUGGCCUGUGUGGCGUAUGAGAGAGGACAGUGCGACCUGGAGCUAAUCAAAGUGUGCAACGAGAACUCGUUAUUCAAGAGUGAGGCGCGAUAUCUGGUACGACGGAAAGACCCAGAGCUUUGGGCGAACGUGCUAGAAGAAAACAACCCCUUCAGAAGACAACUCAUCGACCAGGUGGUGCAGACAGCCCUGUCGGAGACUCAGGACCCAGAGGAGGUGUCAGUCACAGUCAAGGCCUUCAUGACUGCAGACCUGCCCAACGAGCUGAUUGAGCUGCUGGAGAAGAUUGUACUUGAUAACUCUGUCUUCAGUGAGCACAGAAACCUCCAGAACCUGCUGAUUUUGACGGCCAUCAAGGCAGAUCGCACUCGUGUGAUGGAGUACAUUAACAGGCUAGACAACUAUGAUGCUCCAGACAUCGCUAAUAUUGCCAUCAGCAACGAGCUCUUUGAAGAAGCUUUUGCCAUUUUUAAGAAGUUCGACGUGAACACCUCUGCCAUACAGGUUUUAAUAGAGCACAUAGGGAACUUGGAUCGUGCUUAUGAGUUUGCUGAGCGCUGUAAUGAGCCUGCAGUGUGGAGUCAGUUAGCCAGAGCUCAGCUGCAAAGAGACCUGGUCAAGGAAGCCAUUGACUCGUAUAUUAAAGCUGUUGACCCUUCAGCGUACAUGGAGGUGGUCAAUGCAGCCAGCAAGAACGAUAACUGGGAAGACUUGGUUAAGUUCCUCCAGAUGGCACGAAAAAAAGCCAGAGAGUCUUACGUGGAGACGGAGCUGAUCUUUGCUUUAGCUAAAACAAACCGUCUGGCUGAGCUGGAAGAGUUUGUCAGUGGGCCCAACAAUGCCCACAUACAGCAGGUGGGCGAUAGAUGUUAUGAAGAGGGUAUGUAUGAAGCAGCCAAGCUCUUGUACAACAACGUGUCCAACUUUGCUCGCCUUGCAUCAACACUAGUCCACCUUGGAGAGUACCAGGCGGCCGUGGACAGUGCCAGGAAAGCCAACAGCACACGGACAUGGAAGGAGGUGUGUUUUGCGUGUGUGGAUGGUGAGGAGUUUCGGCUGGCACAAAUCUGUGGCCUUCACAUAGUGAUCCACGCUGAUGAGCUGGAGGACCUGAUCAGCUACUAUCAGGACCGUGGGUACUUUGAGGAACUCAUUGCUCUGCUGGAGGCUGCGCUGGGUCUGGAGCGGGCUCACAUGGGCAUGUUCACCGAGCUCGCCAUCCUCUACUCAAAGUUCAAACCUCAGAAGAUGAGGGAGCACCUGGAGCUCUUCUGGUCCAGAGUGAACAUCCCAAAGGUCCUUCGCGCUGCAGAGCAGUCCCAUUUAUGGGCAGAGCUGGUUUUCCUUUACGAUAAAUAUGAGGAGUAUGACAACGCUGUCCUCACAAUGAUGUCUCAUCCGACAGAUGCGUGGAAAGAAGGGCUGUUCAAAGACAUUAUUGCUAAGGUUGCCAACGUUGAGCUGUACUAUAAAUCCCUUUUCUUCUACCUGGAUUACAAACCUCUCUUACUGAAUGACCUGCUGACCAUUCUGUCUCCACGGCUGGACCACAGCAGAGCUGUCAACUUUUUCAGCAAGGUGAACCAGCUGAAGUUGGUGAAGCCUUACCUGAGAUCUGUCCAGAAUCACAACAACAAGUCCGUCAACGAAGCCCUCAACAACCUGCUGACAGAGGAGGAAGACUACCAGGGCCUGAGAGCAUCCAUCGAUGCCUAUGACAACUUUGAUACCAUUGGCCUGGCACAGAGGUUAGAGAAACAUGAACUGAUUGAGUUCAGACGUAUUGCUGCUUACCUGUACAAGGGCAACAACCGCUGGAGACAGAGUGUAGAGCUCUGCAAGAAAGACAAACUCUACAAGGAUGCCAUGCUGUAUGCUGCAGAGUCUAAGGAUGCAGAGCUGGCAGAGACUCUGCUCCAGUGGUUCCUGGAGGAGGGCAGGAAGGAGUGUUUUGCCGCCUGUCUGUUCGCCUCCUAUGACCUGCUGCACCCCGACGUGGUGCUGGAGCUGGCCUGGAGGCACAACAUCAUGGACUUUGCCAUGCCGUACUUCAUCCAGGUCAUGAGAGAGUACCUCUCAAAGGUUGAUGAGUUUGCAGCGAAGGUGACGGUGGACAAACUGGAGGAGGCAGAAAGCCAAAGGAAAACUGAAGACGAGGUGACAGAGCCUCAGCCGAUGGUGUUUGGCCAGCAGCUGAUGUUGACUUCCUCGCCUGCUCCAGUUGCUCCUCAGCCAGCGUACCCGGGCUAUGGCUACCCCCCUGCUGCCGCCGCAGGCUACCCUGCUCAGCCCACCGCCGCAGGCUACCCUGCGCAGCCCGCCGCCGCGGUCUACCCUGCUCAGCCCGCUGCCGCAGUCUACCCUACUCAGCCUGCCGCUGCUGCGGGCUACCCUGCUCAGCCCGCCGCGUAUGGCUUCAGCAUGUAGAGGCCUGGCCCGCCUCCCUCUACCCUCUCUCCCCCACAUACACUCACACCUGAACCACACUGAACCGUGAUGCUCUGGGUCUCAACUGGCGGCACGGAGACCCCCUGAAACUCACCAGGACCUUCAUUCCCAAUUAGACUCCACCCAAGUUCACUGAAACUGCAAUAGAAACAUCUCUACUUUCUCCAAACACAUGCACACUCACACACACACUUCAGGACAGCAUCAAGGCUGUUUGACCCCUCCCCCUCGCCACCUCUCCCCCCUCUUGUUUCCACUUGGAAGUUAUAACUGCGUCACUGAUCUACACAGCAUGAAGUCACCUCUCAGCUCCUAGAGGAAUUAACAUACCGAAGAUAACAUUAGUGACACCAAACCACUCUGUCCUGUUGCUGUUCCAUGUAGACUUUAUUAACCAUAGAGCAGCUUUUUUCUUUUUUUUUUCAAGAGAUUCAGCACUGAUGAGGAAGAGACUUUGUUACUGAGGAGUAGAGGGGCAUGUGUGCGUCCCCCCCUCCCUCCUAAAGCACUGCUACGGCCUUAUACACUUUGAGGAGGUGGCAAAAAAACGGGCUCAUUUGUUAACGUUUAAUUUCACGACUGUCUCAUGCUCUGAUUAGAAAGACAGUUACUGUGCAAUAGUUUUGUUUGUCCUUUCACAACAGGUACAAAGUGUUUGCUGUAUACGGACUAAGAACACUUGUUUAUGAGGUUACGGUACUGUCUGUAUAUGUGUGAUAUGUGUGUGUGCGUGUGUGGUUGAGUGUGUGUGUGUGUGUGUGUGUGUGUGUGUGUGCGUGCGUGUGUGUGUGUGUGUGCGUGUGUGUAGCCUCUAAAGCCUUUGAGGAAUACGUCACCAAACCAAGAGACACACUAUGUAAUGUCCACUCCCUUGCAGCCACAACCUUGUUGCUGGGUCAGAGCGGUUUGACCUCCUUGUCAGUCGACUUUACGGACUCUGAUACCGGACUUUCAGGAGUUUCAGGAUGAUUGUGACAAAAAGGCGAAAGAAAGAAAGACAGAAAGUAAAAAAGAAAGAAGGUGAAAUAAAAAAAAAAUGCUAUAUGCUGUAGUCUGUGCAUGUGCUGCCAAACUAUAAAGCUGCAACCAGGAGCACAAUUUUCAUGUUACACUCAAGUAUAUCAAGUAUUACUAAUGUUGUGUCAAAAACAAGUGAUGUUCAAUGAAACUCUCUCACCCAACUAACAGAAAACGACGAUGAAGCGCCAACAGACUUGAGAUGAAAACACAUGGGGAACAUUAGCUCACAUCCUGGUGCCAGUUGGUUCAAAAAAAAAAAAAAAAAUUAUUGUACUGAAAACAGUGUAUAAUUUAAGAUAUAUUGAAAUACCUAACUAAUCAAAGAAGUCAAAUAUUAUGAAAUACCGUAUGUAUUGUCUAUAGUGUGUUGUUGUAGUCUUAAAAGCAUAAUGAUUUUUGUAAGAAAAGGACAAAAUGCAAAAACAGCAGGUUAAUAAAUGGCAAAGUCUUGAGGCAAAGCUGCUCAAAGUGACAGUGUAGUGGAUUGGUGGUUUACUUCCUGUGCUGUCCGACAGUCCCUGUUUGAUACACAGAGCUCUGUCCCACUGUGGUGUCAACUUUUUUGAAGAGGAGAGCAAAACAAAAGCCUGAGCUGCACACGAAGCACUCCGUUUAUCUGCACAAGUCAUGCAUACAGAAAGAGGAAUAAAGUUUACACACAG